AAGCAGGCGGAGGAGGGGAUUUGGAUAGACAGUAGGAAGCUCCUCGUCUCUGAACAUCCCUCGUCCGCCGCGUUGUGGGAACAUGAGGGUUCUCAGCGCCAUCUCCCACCACCCUUCGCCGCUGCCCGCCUCCGCCUCCGCCUCCGCCUCUGCAGCAACAGCAACAGUAGGAGGAGGAGGAGCCUCCCCUUGCUCCCGCAGCACCCCCUCUCCUCUCCUCUCCUUCCCGCCUUCUUGUUGCUCUGCUGCUGCCUCCUCUUGUCCUCGAUUCUUCCUCCCCUUCGUAUCUGAUUUUCCAUCUUCGAACCAUGGACGAUCAAACGGCGCUGCGAUCAAAGGGCGGGGGCUGAUGGCCCUGCGCUCCGCUUUCCCCACAUCUCCAGCUCUCAUCUCCUCUGUCAGUGACCUCUUCGAGUUCAUCUGCGCGGGUCCGCUGAUGAAGCGGUUGGGUCUUACCGCUGAAUCGGUGGCGGAAUCCAUCGACAAGUGGCUGGAGACCGGGGUGCACCUGUGCCAACUGUUCCGCCUCAAUGAACUGAGCUUGUCGCCCCCCGAGAAGAUCAGAAUCUACCACUUUUACGUACCCGUGUUCCUCUGGUGCGAAGAUCAACUUAUGCGCCACCGCUCCAUGUUCAGUGAAGGAGAUGAUAUCCCUCCACUUGUGAUUGGUAUCAGCGCUCCCCAAGGUAGUGGAAAAACUACUCUUGUAUUUGCUCUUGAUUACCUUUUCCGGCGAUCUGGGAGGAAUUCCGCAACUUUAUCAAUUGAUGAUUUCUAUUUGACAGCUGAGGGACAGGCGGAAUUAAGGAGUCAAAAUCCUGGAAACGCUCUAUUAGAGGUGCUGAAAGAAUUUCGUGGGAAUGCGGGAAGCCACGACCUGCAAUUCUCCAUUGAUACUCUUACUUCUUUAAGCAAAUUAACAAAGAAAGGUAUGAAGAUGAAGCUUCCACGGUAUGACAAGUCUGCUUAUGGAGGCAGGGGUGAUCGAGCUGACCCUUCGACAUGGCCAGAGGUUGAAGGGCCUGUAGAGGUUGUUUUGUUUGAAGGUUGGAUGCUUGGGUUCAAACCUCUUCCAAAUGAAGCUGUGAAAGCAGUUGACCCACAGCUAGAACUGGUCAACGAAAACCUCAAAGCUUAUUAUAAUGCUUGGGACAAGUUCAUUGAAGCAUGGAUCAUCAUCAAAAUUCGGGAUCCCAAUUGUGUUUACCAGUGGCGUCUGCAGGCAGAGGUGGCCAUGAGGGAAGACGGGAAACCUGGCAUGUCUGAUGAAGAGGUUUUGGAUUUUGUAUCACGUUACCUGCCAGCAUAUAAGGCCUAUCUUCCAACACUCUACAGUGAGGGACCAAAAGGCUUGGACCCAGAUCGUCUUGUUGUUAUCGAUAUCGACGAGGAAAGGAAUCCCUUAUCGGAGGAUUGACAUUCAAUUCUGGAAUCAGAGUCUUGUUUUUUGGUACUUUUUAAGGUGAUCAUUUGUCACACCUCAGUAUUUGCUGCUCAUAUCUCAGGAAGAUCAAAGGACAAGCAAUUCUUUCCUAAUGGUUAGCCACACAUCUGAAAGCAGUGUGGUUCUAUAA